GGCUUGCGCGUUUUUUUAAGAGCCCCGCGCUCAUUGAAUCUAGACGCGGAGAGGAACCUAGACGCGGAGACACGUCGUCGCGUCAGGGUGCAACCAUGUUCCAGCAGUACGAGGCCGAGCUGCAGGAGGUGCUGGCCGACGCCGAGGCGCGGCUCGGCGCGCUGCUCGCGGCCGCCGACACCGCCGACCGGUCCGGGGCCGUGCGGCAACUGAACGACCUCGUGCGGACCGCGCGCGACCUGGAAAAGCAGAUCGACGUCGAGGUCCGGUCGGCGGCGCCGGACGCGCGCGCCGCGCUGCGCGAGCGCGCGCGGCCGCUCGGCGACCGCCUCGCGGCGCUGCGGCGCCAGGCCGAGGCCGUGGCCGAGGAGGCGGACCGCGAGCGCGUGCUCGGCGUGCGGAACCCGCUGAACGCGUCGGCCGGCGCGCGGGGCCGCCUCGCGGCGGCGGGCGACCGCGCGCGCGGCCAGAACGACGCCAUCCGCGGCGCGCUCGAGACGGUGCGCGACACGGAGCAGACGGCCAUCGACAUCGCCGACGAGCUCGGCCGCAACCGCGAGACGAUCGGCUCGAUCCGCGGCCACGUCGCCGACGCCGGCGGCGACCUCGGCGCCGCGCGGGGGCUCAUCGGACGCAUGCAGCGGCGCGAGGUCCAGCAGAAGGCGGUCCUGACUGUCGUCGCCGCGAUCCUCAUCGCCGCCAUCGGGACCGUGUCCUACUACAGCUUCUCCUAGGCGCGUAAGGCUAGCGGCCUGUGAGACACGAGGGGUCCACUACUACCAAGGAG